UGGGCACGGCUCUGGGGGAGCCUCUGCCCUAUGGGAUCGGCUGCAAUCCUCUUGAAACCCCUGAGCUGGGUGGGAGCAUGGAAGGCUCAGUGCUCAGAGGAGAUGAGGUGGCUUGGAGGGCUUUGGCUGGGCUGGAGUUUGGCCAGCGGUCACUCUGCUACACGGCCCCAAAGUUGGAAGUCUUGUGAGCUGCCACAAGAACUUGUAAUACUUGUGGUAUAAUAUAGAAAUACUUGUAGUAUUUCACAAACAAAACAACAAAAAUAACCCAAACAAAAGCAAAGCCCCAGCCAAACAAAAAUAUUUUAUUUUCAGCACAAGUUGUGGACCUAUAUAGACUGAGUAUAUUUCAUGUCCUGAAACAGUUUAUUUGUGCCCACCUCUAACCUUGAUUGUUGGAAAUAGAGGGAGCUGGUAUCUUUGGAGCCCUUGUGCUUAGGAAAUCAAUAAAAUGUUUGUUAGGACACGACUGAUUUUUACCUAUUUUGACAGAUAAUUUUUGUAGAAAAUAUGUUUCAGCUGUAUGAAUAAAGGUGUUUUAUUACAUGGUUUAGCAAGGGUUGGUUAAACCUCUUAUUUAAUACUGUGCACCCAAACUUGUCUGCUGGUUUCUCUUGCAGGCUGAUGCUCUAACCUCCCUGAGGACAUGUGACUGAAAUAACGCUUUCUGCUGGCCUAGGGUGGAGGGAUGUGCUUAGAGCUUGGAACAGCUGGUACUCUCCUAAGCUGUUUGCCAUUCUGCUGUCUGGGUUGUACAACUGGAGCCCACACUCUCGUGGAGAGGCCCAAUUCCAGUACUGUUUAUGGAGGCUUUGUGUUGCAGUGUUGGUUUGCAGCCCAGCCUUCUCUCUGACAGUUCUGCUCUGCAGUAUCCUCUUGACUCUAACAAAAAGCUUCCUUCAGGUGUCUGACCUGCAGACUGGACACAUCCUAGGAUGAUACUUCCUUCCCUUCUGCCCUUCCUGCUGCAGGUGUGCCAGCUUCCUCUGCCAAAAAGGCUGCAAUGGCAGGAACAGGUCCAGGCGGACUUUGCAGAGGGAGCAGAUUAAGAAAAAGGGGUUUAACAGUCAACAUGUUGCUGCCAGUGGUGGGAUUGUUAAAAACAGCCGAGCUGCUGUGAGAAGGCCUGUUUCCUUGGCAGCAGAGGAGGUUUUUGGGAUUGAAUUCCCUGCUGCUGGGUUUGAGGGUGCUGGCUGUUGCCUGCUCCCUUUGUGGCUCAGGCUGGUGGAGUGUGGGGCCGCUGGCUGAGCCAUGCUCCUGGCACAGAGGGAAAGCUUCUCUUUUGCUGGGCAGGGAAUGCUUUGGCAGGCACAUUUUCAUCAGCACUGCUGGCUUUUUGGGAGUUCCAGACCGGGUGUGUGUGCUUCUGCUCCCUCUGCACAGCUGCUAUUUUUAGUUGUUUAUUAGAGCUUCGGAUCAGGCUGGGGGAAGUGGAUUGGAACUUGUUUCUGAAGCAAACUGCAGCAGAUUUUGGCUUUGAGCAUUCAUGUUCCUCAGAAGCUGAGGCAGGAGCAGCUCUGCUGAACCUGGUGUGAGCACGGGCAGCCCUGGCUCUCUGGGUUUGCCCUUGCCUGGGACAGGAAUAAAUGGCCAGUCAAACAGCAGGCUUGGGUGUAAUUAAUACUUCUUCAGUUAAAAUAAGCUGUAGUGAAGUUGCACAUGUGUUCUGUGUCCUUCAUUUGAGCUGAUUUUUUUUCAUUUGCUCUUCAUUUGAUUUGAUUAUAUUGAUGCUGUGAAAAGUCAGAUCUAGGAAGGUGCAGAAUAUUCAGCAGUUGCUGUGGACCCUGCUGAAAAUUGCAGGUACAUAAACUCCGUGUAAAGCCCUGGUUCCCUGGAUUCUGUCCUACUUUGAUUCAUGUCCAGGUGCUUUUAUUGGUGGGGAAGAAACCUGUUGCUGAGCUCCACAGUGACAAAACCAGCCAGCUUUGCAUCAAGGCAUUUCCUGCUGCUUAAAAAGCAAAGAUAAAGGUGUAAAAUAUGAAAAUUUUAAAUGCUGAGCUUUAUAAAGCUGUUCCUACCUCUCUGGAUUUCAUCAAUCAAAAAUCUAUUUCAUUCAUGAUGCUAUCACUCUUCCCUCACUUCUCUUUUGAGCUCGAGCAUCAGGGACUGGGCAUGCUGUAGAUGUAGACUUGUUCUGUUCCAUGGAUUUUGCGACAGGAAAUCACCUGAACCGAGCAGUGGGAGAGGGGAUCUACAAAUAUCUCAAGAGGAACUUUUCAGACUUUAAGCAGAGAGGCUUUGUUGUUGGCUAUGACACACGAGGUCAGGUCACCAGCAACUGCAGCAGUAAGAAGCUUGCAAAGCUCACUGCAGCAGUCCUGCUGGCAAAAGAUGUGCUUGUGUAUUUCUUCUCUACCUAUGUCCCUACCCCCUUUGUGCCCUAUGCCGUGCAGCAGCUCGGGGCCGUGGCUGGGGUCAUGAUCACCGCGUCCCACAACCGCAAGGAGGAUAAUGGCUACAAGGUUUAUUGGGAAAAUGGAGCACAGAUCACCUCUCCUCACGAUAAGGAAAUUAUAAAAUGCAUAGAGGAGUGUGUUGAACCAUGGAAUGGCUCUUGGAAUGAAAGUCUGGUAGACACCAGUCCCCUCAGACAGGAUCCUCUGAAGAAAAUUUGUGACAGCUACAUGGAGGACCUGACAAAGAUCUGCUAUCAUAGGGAGCUGAACAUGCAGAGCAGUUUGAAGUUUGUCCACACCUCUUUCCACGGAGUUGGCCACGACUAUGUUCAGUUGGCUUUCAGAGCCUUUGGCUUCCAGCCCCCCAUUCCAGUCCCGGAGCAAAAAGAUCCAGACCCAGACUUCUCCACUGUCAAGUGCCCAAAUCCUGAAGAAGGAGAAUCUGUGCUGGAGCUGUCACUGAGGCUUGCAGAGAAAGAAAGUGCAAAAGUAGUAGUGGCCACUGAUCCAGAUGCAGAUCGUCUGGCAGUGGCAGAACAGCAGGAAAAUGCCUGCAGGGUUCCUCACCUUGCCUCUCCCUGCAGUGGCUGCUGGAAGGUGUUCACGGGCAAUGAGCUGGCAGCCCUGUUUGGCUGGUGGAUGUUUUCCUGCUGGAAGGAGAACUGCCCCCAGGAUGCUGACAUAAGGAAUGUUUACAUGUUGGCAACCACGGUCUCCUCCAAGAUUUUGAGGGCAAUUGCACUUAAAGAGGGAUUUCACUUUGAGGAAACACUCCCUGGUUUUAAAUGGAUUGGAAGCAGAGUAAAAAAUCUCCUGGACAAUGGAAAAGAAGUUCUCUUUGCAUUUGAAGAGUCUAUUGGCUUCAUGUGUGGCACAUCAGUGCUGGAUAAGGAUGGAGUGAGUGCAGCUGUGGUCAUUGCUGAAAUGGCAACUUACCUGCAGAGCCAGGGCCUGACCCUGGCACAGAAACUCGUUGACAUUUAUGAGAUGUAUGGGUAUCACAUAUCCAAGACUUCCUAUUUCCUGUGCUAUGAGCCUCCCACCAUCAAAAGGAUAUUUGAGCGGCUGCGGAACUUCGAUGGCCCUCAGUCUUACCCCAAGUGCUGUGGGGCUUACAACAUCCUGCAUGUCCGAGACAUCACCACGGGCUACGACAGCAGCCAGCUGAACAAGAAGUCGGUGCUGCCAGUGAGCAAGAGCAGCCAGAUGAUCACGUUCACCUUCCAGAACGGCUGUGUGGCCACGCUGCGCACGAGCGGCACCGAGCCCAAGAUCAAGUACUAUGCCGAGAUGUGUGCGCUGCCCGGGCACAGUGACAGAAGUGUGCUGGAAGAAGAGCUCCAGAAGCUGAUUGAGGCUUUGAUCGGGAAUUUCCUGGAGCCUGCCAAGAAUGGGCUGACCUGGCGCUCUGCAUAGAGCCCGCAGCCGCAGGAGGCACGGCGUGGAACAAAGGACCCAGGAGCAGAACACGCUCAUCUGUGUGUGUGUGUGUUUUAAACAGCUGCAUUCUUUUUCUGUAAAGAAGAAGCGUUCUUUUGUCAGGCUUUUCACCAAAUUGGGAUAAGGAGAGGAGGUCAGAGGAAAGGAUAGCAUUUAUUGUUGCAGUUCUCAGUCCUUUUGACCAAAAGUUUAAUUAACCCACACCAAUGCAAAUGAACUGCCCUAGUACCUUUGAGGCAGCUGAGCUUAGCUGCUACAUCUUGUCUUAAACUCAGUUCAGAUACCUAAAACACCUCUUUUUUUUUGUGUGUGGAAAAGUUUUAAAGUUUUAAAGGGAGUGAUCACUCCAAACUGACAACAAAGGCUGCUUCUUCCCUGCAGCUCUGAGACCUUCCAUGCAGGUCUGCACUUCCAAAAGCAUCAAAGCAGAGCUCAGCAUUUCUUGUUUAGGCAAAUUGUUGACAUUUUUCAGCUACUUAAGAAUUCCUCUGUCGGUAAAGGUGUUCUUGGGCAUUGUAGCUUUCCUGUGUGUGUGUCUUAAAAUAAUUGGCAAUGAAACAAUAGUGGCAACAGCUGCAGCUUGGGGUUGGAAUUGCCUGGUGCCUUUCCAAGGCUUCCAGAGGAGCAGGAACUUGGUCAUUCCUUGUUAAAAUGGCCCUUUCUGACUACCAAAGGCUCUGUAGCUACUUUUUUGUCCCACAUCUCUGAAGGGUCUGAAGUGGUCUUGAUUUUCUGUAUUCAUUACUUUGAAUGAAAAUGCCAGUUGGUGACUUUCUGGUUUUUGCUGGCCUGUAUUUAUAUUAUCUGUGUAUUAAAAAAGACAAAACCAAGGAAGGAAGUGGAGAUGAGGAUGAGACUGACACAGUUACUAAAUGGUGAUUUUUAUUUUUUUAAAUUUUGUCAUGCGCUGUCAGGUAAUAUUGCAAAUACUGUUAUUCCCUAUCUUCAAGGGUAAAUUUUUAACAGCUUCUCUCAUUUGUUUUCUCCCUUUGCUGAAGUAGCAAGUGGGACUUGUAAUCACAUUUUCCAAGAAAGCCACCCAAACCAAUGCUCAAGUUCUCCUUGUGGUUAUUUUGGAUUUUGGGCAAUAAAGGCUGUGUUUUGGCACAGGAGAGCUGGUUCUGGAAGCUCCCUGCUGUCACUGGCAGGGAGAAAAGAAAAGCAGCAGCAAUUUAGUGCUGGGUUUUAUCUCUGUUGGGGAUGAUGGGAGAAGCCCCCAAGGUGCCCUGGAGUUCAAGCUGUUGUUUUGCCACUAUUGUUGCCUCUCCAAAUUCAGCCUCCCUCUGAUGAUGCCCUUGCAGCUUGAUGCCACAGGAUGGCACAGGGUAGGUUUGUGUGUGUUGCCUCUCCAUGGCUUCAGAGAGCCCUGAGAUUUGGGGGUUUCCUGCUGCUAGCAGCUUUGUACUAUACCCAUGGAGAAGUAUUUCAGUGUCUGUGAAUGUAUGUGUACUAGAGAAGGUCUGUGUUGCACAAGUUCUGACCUGUCACUGCUAUUUAUUUAUUUUUUUUUUAUCUUAAGUGAAAGUAUCUCCAGAUUGUUCUGCCAGUGAGUGAAAUGUAUCUAAUUCCAAAAGCUUGGGUUUUUUUUUUUACCUUGAUUGUACAUUUGACUGACAUGGUGGGGAAAAUAGGCAAACCCAGAUACCCUCAGAGGAUGCUUUUGUUGUUGUCUGUGCUGGGUAGGGCUGGGAAGGCAUUUCUGACUGCUGCUUUGCCUUCAGCUCACCCAAAAAAAAAGGAUGCAGAUCUGGAUCCCCACUGCACUGAACUUGAAGGAGCUCUUUGGCAGGAGAGUAACCCUGAGGUGUUGAGGAUUUUGUUAUCCAAGUAGUGAAGAGAACAAGUAACUUGGGACAUAAUUUUGAACAAACACUGUAAAAAGCAUAGUGUGUGUGUGGUGAGCCCAGCUGUGUGUUAUUGUAGCAGUCAUGUCUUGUGAGUGAUGGCUGUGCUCCUAUGAAGAGCAGGAAUCUGCAGCUUCCCAGAGAUCUGCUUUGUGUCAGUUGGCAAGUGCUAGAAAUUGAGAAAAUGUUUUCAAAGAAGCCUUGUUAGAAGUUGGUAACUGUUCAUAGUCUAACUGUGCUUAAUUAAAGAAGAAAACCCAGCUGUGGCGUGUUUUGUGUCUGGGAUUUUCCCCUUGGAUAGGUCUGACAGGGAGCUGUAGCUGUAGUGAUGCUUUUGGGAGGACAGCAGCAGGCAUAAGGUGUUGAAUGUACUUUCAGGGUAUAAUAACUAUUUGCUGUUUUGAAACUGCUGCUACUGUUGUUUUCCUACUGUAUUGGAACUGGUUGAUAUAUUUAUACUGUUCCAUUUGUGGAACUCCUUUAUCUCCUCCCUCUGAUCUUGCAUCCCUUACUUCUCUUACUGUGAAGGACUGGAAUUCUCAUUUCCUUGCCCUGUAACUUUGUAAUGCAUCGUGUUAGAGUUCACUGGGAUUGCGCACAGCCUUCUCCGAGUUGUCAGCUGUUCUUUCCCACUUUUCAGAUAAGAACAAAGGCUUUUCUGACUUGAGUAGAAAGCAGGUCACAGAUCAGAGGACACUGUGGAUGUUGUUUCUGAGGUGCUUCCAGGUGAAAUGCACCUUUUCAAAGGCUGGGCAGUGGCUAAAGCUGUGGUCAUACAGCCAUACAGGUGUGUUCGGCUUGGUGUUCGAUAAAAUCUGGAGGGCUUGGGUUUGUCCCCUGGCUGUGACAGGUUUAAUUCCUGCGGUGAAGUCGUGUGUCUGUGGGCCUGGCACAGGAACUCUGAGUUCAGGGCUUUGCCAGGCAAGACUGUGAGGCAGAGCUUGUAGCUGGGUUUCUUACAGAGGUUGUGGCAGAGCAUCCAGGGUGUGGAUUAAAUUCGUGCAAGUGCUGUCCACCUGUCCCUUCCAGCUCCCCUGAGGGUGUGUGAGGGAACUGUGAACUCUGGUGUGCCAGAGGAGCAGGGAGUGUGUGACAGGGAGGGCUGGGCUGCAGUGGUGGCCCAGAGGAGCAGUGUAGCCCCACUCUGUGCUGGGCUGCUGAGGCAGCUCUGCUUCCCAUGUGUCCCAGCAGGAUGUGGCUCCAAGGAGCUGGGCUGGCCUUGGGCUGCAGGAGAGCUGGGAUCUGGCCUGGGGAGCUCUGCUCAUGUCCCUUUGAAAUACCCAGCCCUCUGAGGGAGGGGAAGCACACCCUGGUGUGGUCCAUGGGGUGCAUGAGGAGGGCAGAUCCUCUGGGGCUCCAGCUGUCCAGGUAGAGUGUCCAUUGCUGCCCGGGGCUCCCUUGCCUGCCUCCCCUGCUCCCAAAGUUGCCUGCAUGUCCACAUCCCUAGUGCUGCUCCCUGGCUCAGCACUUUAUGUGCCCUCCCUGCCAGGCUCCUGAGGUCACUGGGGAUUCCAGCUCCCAUUUCCUUGCAGGAAGUGUUUGUGUGGAAGCCAGGAGAAGGAGACAUGGGUUCUGCCAUUUGGGCAGGGUGGGAUCUGUGCGCAGCUUCAGGAGGCACCUGGAUGCUCUCUAAUUUAAAAACUGAUAUUGUUAUCACUUUGUUUUGUCUUCCCCUCUGCCUUUUUGUCCUCUCCCCCACCAAGAAGGGGCUCCUUGCAUGGUGACACCUGGGUGGUUACAGUCCAGCUUGAUUCCCUCCACUCAAGAAUGGCUUUGUACAGGUGACUGAAGUAUCUCAAGUUGCAUCAUUCCCCUUGCCUGCAAUCUCGGAGAGUUCUGAAUCUGUACUCCCGUUUACCUGAUGUCUGUUCUGUAAAGCUAGGGUGUAUUACAAAUACAGAGUGAGAAUUUGCACUUUUCUGAAGACUUUCUGUGUACUGCUAUGUGGAUUUAGCUGAAUGAAGUAUUAUAAGGAAUAAAAUAUUCCCUUCGUAAUCUCAA